AUGCCUUGGCUCCCUUGGGAAUGGGUAAAGCCCAAAUCCGUCUCCACCGCACCGACUGCUGACGAGGACGCUGGGAGUCAGCAGGAUGUUGAGCCAGACGUUGAGCCAGAUGUUGAGCCCGAUGUUGAGCCAGAAUCGCAUUCCGAUGCCGCGUCUCAGACCACCAACCUGGAGGAAGAGCUAGCAGAGAUUUUGCAAGGUGACCUCCCAGCUUGGUUUCUAGAUCACUGUAUCCAGAGCUACGAGCAGAUCUGUGCAUCGACCAUUCCCCUGGUCAUUGGAGAUGCUGAAGGCUGUGAUGACCUGAGCCAAGCGGCACCUGGCAGAUACCAGAUCGACCCGGUGCUCUAUGGGAGCCUCGGCAGUCUAAUAGAUGCAAAAGCGUCAGCAUUGGCGAACGGGGAGGCACCUGAAGUAGGAAGCUCUACCUUCGCUCACGAUGCCUCAAUUCUCAGAGUGGCCGUUCACGCACAUAACCACUCUGGGGAGGAAUUCCUGGCGGUCGUCCUUCGGCAAUUCGCCAAGGACCAUGGAGCCGACAUUCUCACACUGCGCCAGCAAGACAUGAUCGAGCUGUAUGACAUGUUCUUCCUUGAGCGGGCCCAGAUGGAAAUGGACCGCUCGAGACGGCAGGAGAGCAAAGAUGACAAAGGCGAGGGUAAAGACGGCGACAGCGGCAAUACCACAGGUAGCACCCCUGAUUCAACCUUUUUUGAAACAGCCGGCAAGCUUCUCUUUGCGAAGCUCCUCACUGCGAUCGAGGCACGAAAACCAGAGAUGGACACAGCAUCUUGCGGAUCGGAACGACAAACGCGUCCCCUAAUCGUGGAAAUACCAGAUCUCCAGGGAAUUUGUGCCAUGGACCGUUUCAAGGAGACUCUAACAAAAUUGCAGGAGGCUGUAAAGACGGCCAAUUCUUCCCGGUCGAGGGUCCUUAUUGUCGGACUCGACAGCUGGGAGAUUGCGGUCCGCAGCGACAUGUAUCGGGAUUCUAUGGAAUGUCUCCUUGACGAUAACCCGAUUCAAUUUGGCUAUUAUGCCCCAUACGGAACAACUCCUGACGAGUCAUUGCUGUCGAUGUUAGGUUCCAAUCCUCUUCGGCCAGUCCUUCCCUUGCUCCCAGCACACACAAAGGCGCAGCGUUCGCUGUUUGCAAAACAUGGCGCCAAUAAGAAACGAGCACACAACAUUCGUGCACUCCAGCAGAAGAUUCGCAGUCGUAUCAGCAGUUGUGGGGACGAAAAACUUUUGGAACCGUACAGCUCUUGGGAUCUUCCAGAAGAAAGCCAGUGCUUCAAGAUGCUGAGCCAUUCCGAACUGAAGCCCUCGACUAUUGAGCUUGCAGCAGCCGCAAUUUCUACGAACGUGACCAUUGACCACAUCCUCAAAGUGUUCCAGGGGUUGGGAGCACUCCGGGAUCAAAUCAAGCCUAUACAAGAGGAAGAGAAAUCCAAGUACUCACAGCUUCAUCCAGAGGCUCAGAAAGCCAUCGCGGAAAUAAACCAGGAUCCAGGCAAAUACCAAUGGGAGAGUGUUCUCUUGGAUCAGCUAGUUAGCCCAGACGACGUCAAUCAAGGGUGGUCCGCCAUCGAGAUAGAUGAAGAUGUGAAGCAGGCCGUGACCCAGAUGCUGGACCUAGCGAACUCCAACCCCGACUUGCAGGCCGGAAUCCUACGCCACUCUCGAAUCAACGGCGUCCUUCUGUAUGGACCGCCGGGAACCGGCAAGACGCACCUCGCACGCGUGCUGGCUCACGAGUACGGCGCCGCCAUGAUCCACGUCUCAGCCGCGGAGCUCGAAAACAAGUACGUGGGCGAAACGGAAAAGGCCAUCAAGGCCCUGUUCAACCUCGGCGCCAUGUUGUACCCUAGCAUCAUCUUCAUCGACGAGGCCGACUCGUUGUUCCGGAAUCGGCAGCCCGACGACUACGACUGGACACGCAGCCGGCUCAACACGCUGCUGGCCCAGACAGACGGUCUGAUCAAGACCAGGCGGCAGCCUUUCCUGCUCAUCGCCACGAAUCACCCGGGUGACCUCGACGAGGCUAUCCUGCGGCGGGUACCGUCGAAGCUAUACAUCGGGCUGCCAUCCACCUCGGCGCGAGAGAGCAUGCUGAACAUCUUUCUGCGUGAGGAGGAGCUUGACCCCAAGCUGCGGCUGCACGACAUCGCAGCUAGGACGACGGGUUUCACCGGCUCUGACCUGCACACUAUGUGCGUUCAGGCAGCUCUGAUCGGUCAGUCCGAACAGAGGAACCAUGGAGGGGAGCAAACCAAGAGAGUCUUGAAGCACGCCCACUUUGAGGAGGCCCUGGGGAGAUGCGGGCCCACGGUCUCAGACAGUGCCAUGGGAGCCAUCAGGGAAUUCGCGGAGAAAUUCGACCCCAGCGCUGUAUCUCGCCUGGGAUCAUCACGCAAGAGUGAUUCCGUCGGAGCUGCGCCUUCCAAACAUGUGCCGCCGAAGAGGACGAGAGGUAUUUCCGCGAGCGACGUCCCGCCUGUGCUGAAAAACGUGCAACCGCCGACGACUGGAGAGGGGAUAAACGGCUAUGAGGAGUGGAAGACGAGUGAAAUGUAUCCAUAUGUAACGGAGGAGUUGUGCCAGAAAUGGUGGAGAGGCGAGUCAAGUUAA